UUAUUUUGUUACAUAAACAGUCACCUUUUUUUUUCUUAACAAAAAAAAAAAACAAAAAAAAUGAGAAUCUUAUUGCGGGCGGAUACUCAUGUAUCCUUUGCCAUACCUGCGGAUGACACAAAACCCAACCGUGCUUUCACCUUUUCUCAGCUUAUGGCCGCUUUAACCGUUUCCCUAUGCUCCAUGGUUCUCGGCUUUACCGCUGGCUACACUUCACCCGCUUUGAUUACCAUGACCGACCAAUCAGUCACUCCUUUUGAGGUCAGCCCACAAGCUGCUUCCUGGGUAGGUGGCAUCAUGCCGCUGGCUGGUUUGGCAGGUGGAAUAUGUGGAGGACCGUUCAUUAUGUUUUUGGGCCGGAAAACCACGAUCCAGGUCAUCGGAGUGCCUUUUAUGACGGCCGGAAUACUGAUUGGAUGUGCUAUGAAUGUGUUUAUGGUUUUGAGCGGACGUUUCUUGGCCGGAUUCUGUGUUGGUGUUGCCUCGUUGGCUCUUCCCGUUUACCUGGGCGAAUCUCUCCAUCCGGAAGUUCGUGGCACUUUGGGGCUGCUCCCCACGGGGUUGGGUAACAUUGGCAUUCUCGUGUGCUAUGUGGCCGGUGCCUUCAUGAGAUGGGACCACCUGGCUUUUUUUGGUGCUGCUCUGCUCAUUCCAUACUUCAUUUUGAUGUUCUUCAUGCCGGAGUCGCCGCGAUGGUAUGUCGGCCGAGGACGUGAGGACAAUGCCCGCAAAUCGCUCAUCUGGCUACGUGGCAAGGAUGCGGAUGUGGAGCCGGAGCUGAAGAUAUUGGUGCAGACCCAGGCAGAAGCCGAUAGUCAAGCCAAUCAGAAUUAUGUGGUAGAGCUAAUGAAACCUCGAAACCUCAAACCUUUAUCCAUUUCUCUGGGUCUGAUGUUCUUCCAACAGUUCAGCGGCAUCAAUGCUGUCAUUUUCUAUACGGUGUCUAUUUUCAAGGAUGCAGGAUCCACUAUAGAUAGCUAUGUGUGCACAAUUAUUGUGGGCGUGGUGAACUUCAUGGCCACAUUUGUGGCCACUGCACUGAUCGAUAAAGUUGGCCGGAAGAUCCUUCUGCAUUUUUCGAACUUUGCCAUGAUCCUCACUCUGUCGAUUCUAGGCGCCUUCUUCUACUGUAAGGAUAAUGGCCCGGACGUCAGCGACUUGGGCUGGUUGCCCUUGACCUGUUUUGUCGUCUAUGUCAUUGGCUUCUCUAUGGGAUUUGGACCAAUACCCUGGCUAAUGAUGGGCGAAAUCCUGCCGGCCAAAGUCCGCGGUCCAGCUGCCUCAGUGGUGACAUCAUUCAAUUGGGCCUGCACCUUUAUUGUUACCAAGACCUUCCAGGACAUGAUUGAUUCGCUUGGAACUCAUGGAGCCUUCUGGCUGUUCGCCGCCGUGUGCGUCGUUGGAGUAUUCUUUGUGAUAUUUUUUGUGCCCGAGACGCGUGGCAAGACCCUGGAGGAAAUCGAGCAGAAGUUGACGGGCACCAUGUCCGCGAUGAUUAACUUUAAGCCUUUGCCCAUGAACAUGUAAACGUCCUUUACCAGGGUCCACAGAAAGAAAUAAAAUUUAGUUCAAAAAUAUUUGAAAAAA